GUCAACAGGGUGUGGCCAUCUCCUCGUGGCAUUCGGUCCGCAUAUGAAAACACCAAGCCGCCAUCUGCUUGGCUGAAGAGACGUAAUUUUAGAGAUGUCGUAGGUACGUGUUUCAACAACUAUUGUGCAUUGAAUAACAAUAGCUGAGGAGGCGGAACUACAAAUUCCAAAUCGAAGGCGUGAGGUAUAACAGUGAUGCUCAACGAGUUGAGUCUUGAUCCAAAUUCGGCCUAGGAAGAACAAAGAUGAAGAACACAGCAAAACUUACAUCUCACGUCGCCAAAAAGAAGAGGGACCGAAGUCAUAUACCACGACAUGAAUGAUGUACUAUCAUGCCACGAGAACGCCUCCGUAUUCUCCAGAUCAACCCCAGUUUCAGGUCCCUCGAGAGAUUCAAUUGCGCAAACCCCAACCCAUUCUACCUUCUAUGCCCAACGAGGUGCCCAGCCAACGUGUCAGGCGCGAAGUGAGUGGAUUUAGAGGCAGGAACUAUCCAACAAUGAGCAUAAAAAAGUGAAG